AUGGACGAAAGCUUCGACAUCAAGCAAACUUAUCUCAAAUUUUUAGAGGAAGAUAAAGACAUGACUAUGCCUAUUGCGGCUAUUGAGUCAUUAGUCACCAUGUUGAGAAUCAAAGAGCCAUCUACAUCUUCUGAGUUGAUUAACUUAGUAAAAUCUAAUACAGAAAUAUUGAAAUCAUCUAUUCCUAAUGCGAUCUCGCUUUCUGCUGGUUGUGAUUUGUUUAUGAGAUUCGUUUUAAGAAAUACAAAUUUAUAUUCCGAUUGGGAAUCGUGCAAACAGAAUCUAGUUGAGAAUGGUGAAUUGUUUGUCCAAAGGGCCAAGGAAUCAAGAGCGAAGCUGGCUGAUUUUGGUCUUCCGUUUAUUAAGGAUGAUGAUACUAUUUUGGUGCAUGCCUUCUCUCGUGCCGUGUAUCAAUUGUUAUUGAAAGCAAGAUCUGAAAAGUUGCUCCGUUUUAGAGUGAUAGUCACAGAAUCUCGUCCUACUGGUACAGGGUACCACAUGGCUAAACUUUUAAGAGAAGCAGAUAUUCCAGUAGAAUUAAUAGUUGACAAUGCCGUCGGUUACGUUAUACAUAAGGUUGACAAGAUCUUGGUGGGAGCUGAAGGUGUGGCUGAAAGUGGUGGUAUUAUUAACCACAUUGGAUCUUAUCAAAUUGGUUGUCUAGCUAAAGCCAAUAAUAAACCAUUUUAUGUGGUUACUGAAUCGCAUAAGUUUGUGAGGUUGUUCCCAUUGGCACCAAAUGAUUUGCCUACUGCUAUCCAAUCGAAACAAGAGAAUGGUGACGAUGAUGAAGAUUUAUUUAAAACCCAGCUCAUUGAUUUCACUCCGCAUGAAUAUAUUACUGCUUUAAUCACUGAUUUAGGGGUCUUAACUCCUUCUGCAGUUUCAGAAGAAUUAAUUAAAAUAUGGUAUGAUUAG